UGCCCUAAAACCUAGAUUAGACCCCGAAAGAGCAAAAUCCCCCGCCCCACUUAAACAUUCCUCUCUAAAAAAGACGUUUUCCUUUGCAGAUUACGAUUGAUAGUCGAUGCUUGUUGAUGAGAAUCCCAAUCGGAUCUUCAAUUAAGCUUCAAAGGGCCAAAAGGGUUCUUCCUAAAUGCUCUGUUUCUCUCUUUCCAACCCCUGUUAUUUCAUGUCUUCAAUCCUAUGCCCCCUCUUCUCCAAAAAAACUGGGCCUAAUCACCAGAUUUUAGCUUUCCAUAAAUUCUCUAUGCACUUGUUUUGUUCUAAUUCUCAUACCAAGAACCCUCUUCCUAGUUGAAUCCCUCUGUUUUCUGCACAAGAUGAGUGACUCCAAGUCCAAGGUGUUGCUUUUUGGUUCAUUUACGCAGGAUGAAACACAAACUAUGCUCAACCAAUCAUUUAGCAACAGUACCAGGAUUAGUAAAAAGAAAGAGUUGCAAGUUGAUUCUGCCAGCCCUGUUCAGGAAUUAUCUUUUGGUAGUUUUGGCAAUGACCCUGGAAUACAAUUUGGUUCAGUGAAAGCACCUGUAGAUUCAAUUUUGUCUGACUUGCAAAGGGGCAAUGAAGGGCAUGGUGUAAAUUCAGUUCAUAAGCCCAUGGGAGGUGAUCUGAAAGAAAAUGGAAGUGUUGACCAAUCUAUUCACUUCUAUAGCAAUGGGAAUAAUGAGUCCAAUAAAAUUGAUGUUUUGGACUUUUCUGUAUCAUGUGUAUCUGGAAAUGAAGAUGAAGCUUUUCAUAAAUCCCCUACCUUGAAAGCACAAGUUCUUGAUGGCGUGGAUUCAAAGGGAGCAUUUUCAAAUGGAACAAUUAGCGAUUCCUUGGAUAUGAAGCAAUUCAGAGAAGCCCUUCAGAGGUUACCUGAUGGUCCUUUUGUUGCUUCUGCGGACCUUCUGCCUCGAGGUCUGAUCAACUCAGGGAACCUGUGCUUCCUUAACGCAACAUUACAGGCUCUCUUGUCAUGUUCCCCAUUUGUUCAGCUUUUUCAGGAGUUAAGAAUAUGUGAUGUUACUAAGGUUGGCUUUCCAACACUGGCAUCAUUUGGUUUAUUCAUUAAUGAGUUUAGCUUGCCAAGUGGUGUGAAUGCAAAGAGAAAAGAUGUUUCUGUUAUUGAAACUGGUCGGGCUUUUUGUCCUGCCAUAUUUGAAGUGGUUCUGAAAAAUUUCACUCCUGAUGUGCCCACUAGCACAGUUGUUAGGCCAAGGCAAGAAGAUGCUCAGGAGUUCCUUAGUUUUGUCAUGCACCAACUGCAUGAUGAAUUACUCAAGCUUGAAGGUCAGUCAAGCUUGAAUGGAGGAAAAUCAUAUGUUGUCUCUUCAGCUGAAGAUGAGGAGUGGGAGACUGUGGGCCGAAAGAAUAAGUCUGCUGUCACAAGAACACAGAACUUUGUUCCUUCAAAGCUAAGUUCAAUAUUUGGGGGACAAUUGCAAAGUGUUGUGAGGGCAAGAGGAAAUAAAGCUUCUGCUACUGUUCAGCCUUUUCUUCUGCUCCAUCUUGAUAUCUCUCAUGAAGCUGUCCGUACGAUUGAAGAUGCUCUUCAUUUAUUUUCUGCAACUGAGACACUCGAGGAGUAUCGAACAUCAGCCAGUGGAAAGGCUGGCUUUGCUACUGCAAAGAAAUCUGUUAGCAUACUGACACUUCCCAAGAUAAUGAUUUUACAUCUGAAGCGGUUUGGAUAUGGAACCUGUGGAAGUACCAAACUACGUAAACCAGUGCGAUUCCCUCUGGAACUGGUCCUUAGUCGUGAUUUGCUUGUUUCUCCAACUACUGAGGGACGAAAAUACCAACUUGUUUCAACAAUAACCCACCAUGGAAGAGAAGCAUCAAGGGGGCAUUAUACUGCUGAUGCAUUCUACCCCAAUGGUCGUCAGUGGUUGCGGUUUGAUGACGAUUCUGUCACUGCCAUUGAUACUGGCAAGGUACUCCAUGAUCAGGCCUAUAUUCUCUUUUAUAAACAAGUGCCACGGUGAGAAAUAAUCUGUCAGUUAAAAGGCCUUUUCUCUGGGGAAGAUGAACCUCUUGGUACUCGCAGAACUGCUGAAGCAACUGUGGAAGCAAAUCUUGAACACCCACAUGACAGUUGAGAAUAACAAGAAAUUUUGUAAUUCCUGUAUUUUUUUAGAGCUUAACCGGAUUAUAUUGGUCCAUUCAUUUUUAUCAUACUUCAGUGUGAGGGGCAGAGAGAGCGACGACAAAAUAAAAAGGAUUAAAGGCUUUAAUGUGUUGAAAGAGGGUUGGUAAAGCUGCAAGUACUAGUAACCAAUGUUCUGGACUUCAGAGGCUCGUUUUAAGGGAUCAGCAGUAUGCAGAAUUAGCACUUAUGUUGCCCAUUCUUCUAUGCCUUUUUUUCCUAAUAUUGGAAAUGGGUUUGCGGAUUUCAUGAUUCAUGUUUCUGUAAUAAUCCUAAUUUGUAUUGAACAAUUACCUAUGGUUGCUAUUAGUUUUAGUUUAUCAUGA